AUGGUAGGACGGCCAGAAGUCAGAGUUUUAGAGGGAGUGACAACCGGAGUGCUCAGUUUUCGACUCAGCAGCAAGCUGGAACAUCUUAUGGUAAUAGUAAUCAUGGGAAAAGAGCAGGACGUGGUUCCAGAAGUCGUGGCUGUCGAAACAAUAAUGUUGGGUAUUAGGUUCAUGGACAAUUGUCCAAUUAUUGUUGAAGGGGAAAACUUAGAGAUUGAUUUAAUUCAUUUCAAAUUGGCGAAGUUUGAUGUCAUUAUGGGAAUGGAUUGGCUAUCUAAGCACCGAGCGAAUGUCGCAUGUUGGGAGAAAAUUGUGACGUUCAAUCGGCCAGAACUUCCAGCAACUACAUUUAUGGGUGAGCGACGUGUCCUCCCCAAUAGUAUUAUUUUUGCCAUUCAAGCAACUAGGUUGUUGAAUAAGGGUUGUGUGGGGUUUUUAGCCCACGUAGUUGUGAAGAAUGAACCUUCUUUACGUCCAGAAGAAGUGCCAGUUGUAAGGAACUUCAUCGAUGUGUUUCCUGAUGAUUUACCAGGGUUGCCACCUGCGAGGUAA